AUGGUAGGAGUAUAUGCACGCUUCAGAUAAGGUAAGGGUGACACCUUGAUGAAAACAUGGAAAUGUUGAAAAACUUGAAUGUAAAAAUCGAACCUUUUUCUGAUCCUGAGGAGGAGAAUGCUUUGUUGGAUAUGAAGUUUCUGAAAAACGAAAAAGAACCUUCUAGUUCUAUGACAAGAGAAGCUGUUUCCCCAGAAGAAGAAUCUUUAUUUACAGUCUUUGAUUUUAAAAUAAAGAAAGAAAAGUAUGAUGAAGUACCUAAGGAGUCUGAGAACACAUUUGUCAAAGUAAAAACUGAGCAAAAUGGUGGUUCAACAAAGGAUGGCAUUAUUUCCAAGUUCAGUGAGAGUGAUGGUGAAACUGUUGAUUGUUCAGAAUUUGAUGUUAUAAGUUUGAAAAGUGAAUCAAAAGAGGAGUUUCAACAAGUUAACUCUGAGUUAGAAGGUUUAUUAGAUCCAAAGACGUACUUGAACAACUGUUGUGGAAAGCAGUUUGAUGGAAAUCAUAUUGUAACACAAAAACCUCUAUUUUCAAAGUCAAAAAAUUUCAAAUCCCAGAAUUCCAGUGGCAUUAAUGUGUAUGAUAAAACAUUUUCCAGGUUAAAUAACCAAAAUAUACAUAAAAUUUCCCAUAGUGAAGCCGAAAUUGUGUGCGACAGAGAAUUGGAAAAAAAUCACCACAUGAGAACAAAUGCUUGUAAGAAACAAUACAAUUGUGGAGUGUGUGGCAAACAAUUUGUAACAAAUAGUAAUCUAAAGAUACAUCUGAGGAUACACACUGGGGAGAAACCAUACACUUGUGUAUUAUGUAAUAAAAAAUUUAGGAGUAAAAGUCAGCUUAAUGGACAUGGGAAGGUGCACACUGGGGAGAAACCAUACAGUUGUUUAGAAUGUGGUAAAUCAUUUGUAACAAAUUCCUAUUUGCAGGAGCAUAUGAGGAUACACACUGGAGACAAACCAUACAGUUGUGUAGUAUGUAAUAAACAAUAUCGAAGCAAUAGUCAGUUAAAGAUACAUGAGAGAAUACACACUGGGGAGAAACCAUACUGUUGUGUGGUUUGUGAUAAAAAAUUUGGAAGUAAAAGUCAACUUAAAAGACACGAGAAGGUGCACACUGGAGAGAAACCUUACAGUUGUUUAGUGUGUGGAAAGAAAUUUGGGAGUAAAGGUGAACUUAAAAGACACGAGAGGGUGCACACUGGAGAGAAACCAUACAGCUGUUUAGUGUGUGGAAAAAAAUUUGUAAGAAAUACCUGUUUACAAGAACAUGUGAGAAUGCACACUGGAGAGAAACCAUAUAGUUGUGCGAUAUGUAAUAAAGGAUAUCGGAGCAAUAGUCAGUUAAAAAAACAUGAAAGAGCACAUACUGGGGAGAAACCGUACAGUUGUGUAGUUUGUGAUAGGAAAUUUGGAAAUAAGAGUCAUCUUAAUGGCCAUGAAAAGAUACACACUGGUGAGAAACCAUACUGCUGUGUAGUGUGUGGAAAAAAAUUUGUAACUAAUAGCUGCUUGCAAGCACAUGUGAGGAUACACACUGGAGAGAAACCAUACAAUUGUGUAGUUUGUAAUAAAGGAUAUCGAAGCAACAGUCAGUUAAAAAAACAUGAGAGAGUGCAUACUGGGGAGAAACCAUACACUUGUGUAGUUUGUGAUAAAAAAUUUGGGUGUAAAAGUCAUCUUAAUAGCCACGGAAGAAUACACACGGGAGAGAAACCAUACAGUUGUGUAGCGUGUGGUAAAGGAUUUCGAAGCAAUAGUCAGUUGAAAGAACACGAGAAAGUACAUACAGGGGAAAAACCGUAUAGUUGUGUAGUUUGUGAUAGAAAAUUUAGGAGUAAAAGUAAUCUUAAUAGGCAUGAAAAGGUGCACACUGGAGAAAAACCAUACAAUUGUUUAGUGUGUGGUAAAGAAUUUGAGAGUAAUAAUAAACUUAAAAGACAUGAGAGGAUACACACUGGGAAAAACCGUACAGAUGUAUAGUGUAUGAUAAAAUAUUUGGAAGUAGUAGUUAACUUAAAACUCAUCAGAGAACACAUACUGGGGAGAAGCCAUAUAGUUAUGUAGUGUAAGUUGAUGAAUUCAGAACAAAUAGUGACAUUAAAAUUUGUCUAAAGAUGUACACCAGGGAAAAAUUGUACAACUGCAAGGAAGAAAGUUUGUAAGUAAUGAUAACACAUUGGAGGGUUCAGAGCGUGGAAAAAAUUAUACUGCCAUUUAGGUUGUAGUAAAGUACUUGAAGUAAAUAAUGACCAGAAAAGAUUAGAACACACACUGGGGAAUAAUCGCUGAGGUGUUUAGUGCAUGGGAUACAUUUGUAAGAAAUAGUAAUAUAGAAGAGCAUGCAAGAACAUAUACUUGGGAGUUGUUUGGUAUGUUCUAAGAAGUUUGUAGAGAGUUAACACCUUAUUAUGUCUAAAAAUGUACAGAAUUGGAAGAGAACUGCAAAUUUCUAAACUCAGGGAGGUGUUAAGUGUUGUGGCAUGUCAUCAAAAGCAUUUCUCAAUUUGUUUGCUGUUUGUAACGUGUCAUUUAAUUUGUUAAUAAGCUGCUUCAUCUCAACUAGAAUUUUGUGCAUACAUUUAUAAUGAUUAAUCAAAAGUGUAAUUGAUGUUGAACUACUGACUAGAAUGAAAGCAACUUGGUGGCAGCACAAACCACAGAAUUUGUUGUUGUUUACCUGAUGACUACAGGAAAGACAAGCAAUUGGCAACACCCACUGUCAACCUUUUUCAUUUGUUUUUGUUUGUUGUUGUGCUUGUACGUACCAUGGAUUGAUAAACACUUUACUGAUUGAUUAAUCAAAUGUAACUCAUUAAUGUGGCCAUCAGUUAGCAACUACCACUUAUCAACCAGCUCUAGCAUUAAGUCAAGAAGUGGUGAACUGUUUUGGCAUUAAUAGAAGUUCUUUGCUUUAGUAAUAUUGUUUAUUUUGUAAGUAAACUCUCAGAUAAACUCAGCUUCUGUACACACAUUUCUAUUGAUUAAUCAAGAAGUGUAAUUGUUGUUGAAAGUUUUAUUUUAUACUUGGGUAUGAUUUUAUUUUGUAAAUUAUUUCAUUUUCUCUAGAGAGAUUUUGGUGAUUUGGAACUUUGGUUUCUGUGUUUAGCUUGAAUUUCAUUUUGCAUUUUAUUGGUUUUUGUUAUUAUUACAUAUUUUGUUUUGAAUUUUGAUAUAGUGUUUGUUUAGUGAACACCAAUAAUUCAGUGGGCGAGGGUUUCUUUUUCAUUGGUGAGGGUUUCUUCUAUAUUUAUAUGUAUUAUUAUUAUUAUGUCUUAGUUUUUUAAUAAUGAUAAGUUCUUGUAUAUGUACUAUGUAUUCAUAGUUAAUCAAAAGAUUGAACAUGUGUGUUUCACAGUUUUAUAUUGUAAUUAAAAUGUUUUUGUAUAUUAUGUUUUAAAGGGCUUGUAUGUAUGUAUAUUGUUAUCAAGUAUACAUUCUGUUCUUUUGUAUUGUAUAUUUGAUGUUUAAGUGUCUUGACAUAUCUUAUUUGUAUGAAGGUGUUUGUUGUCUGUAUUGUUUAUUUAAUGGGUUUAUUUGGUUUAGUUUAAUUGUUAUAUCCUGUGUGAGAGUUGAGGGUGUUCAUUGCAUAUAUUAUACUUUUGUAGGAUUUAUUUGAAUUGUAUCUUAUAUGUGAUUGAAAGUGUUUGUUGUAUCUGUAAUUCUUUACACAUAUGGUUUGUUUAGUGAUUUACAAUGUUACUUAACCUGUGCUGGUAUCUGAACUGUGUUGUAACUUGGUGAUAAACUUAGUCAGCUCAAGGGCAAGCCUAACAUUCUAAAUCUAGUCGAUAUCAUGUGAUAAAUUCAGUCAUAAAACUUUCUGGAAUUUUGAAACCACUUUUUUAAUUUUAGAUAAAAACUGAACAGUUUUCAAACAGACGAAAUUAACUUCAAUUAUAUUCAAAGACAUUAUAAAAUUUGAUUUCCAAAGUUAAUUCUGUGUU